UUUGUGACAUUCUAACAAGUCUUUUAGCUUUAUACUUGAUGAAAGAUGUAGGGGUGCAAGCUAUCAUAGGGCCACAACAAUCAACUCAAGCUUCAUUUGUGAUUGAUCUUGGAGAAAAAGCUCUAGUGCCAAUUGUGUCUUUCUCUGCAACAAGUCCUUAUCUUUCUCCCCUUGAAAGGCCUUAUUUUAUAAGGACAGCUAUUGAUGACUCAACUCAAGUUCAAGCCAUUGCUGCCAUUAUCCAAGCAUUUGAAUGGAAGGAAGUGGUUCUGAUAUAUGAAAAAACCCAAUAUGGAAAAGGGGUUAUACCCUAUUUCAUUGAUUCCUUCCAAGAUAUUGAUGUUCGUGUGCCAUAUAGGAGUACUAUUCCACUGGAUGCAAAUGAUGAUCAAAUAUUGAAAGAGCUUCAUAAAUUGACAACCAUGCAAACAAGGGUGUUCAUUGUUCAUAUGUCUUCUUCUGUUGGAUCUCGGUUUUUCAUCAAUGCAAACAAUGCAGGAAUGAUGAACCAAGGCUAUGCUUGGAUUGUCACUGAUGGGUUAUCAAAUUUAUUGGCUCCCAUGGAUUCAAGUGUUAUUGAUUCAAUGCAAGGUGUGUUGGGUGUAAGACCAUACAUACCAAAAUCCAAACAGCUUGAAGAAUUUAAAGUCAGAUGGAAAAGAAAGUUUUACUCAUCAAACAAAUCAAAUAGUGAUACAAUAUCUGAUCUGCCUAGUCUCUAUGGGAUAUGGGCAUAUGAUACAGUUUGGGCACUAGCUAUGGCAGUAGAGCGAGUUGGAACCUUGGAUCCUCAGUUCUUGAGUAGCAACCCCACCAACAAUUUAACUGAUCUUUCAUGGAUUGGAUACUCACCAAUUGGUCCAAGACUCCUACAGACUAUCUUGAGUACAAAAUUUAAUGGCCUAAGUGGUGAUUUUCGGUUGGUUAAAGGACAGUUGAAAUCUUAUGGUUUCGAAAUAUUCAAUGUGAUUGGGGAAGGGGAGAGAGUGAUUGGAUAUUGGACCCCAAUGGCAGGUAUUUCAAGGCAGUUAGACACAAUAAAUAAGUUGAGAUCAAAUUCAUCCACUUCUGAGAAGAGUAACCUCAAAGCUAUUGUAUGGCCAGGUGACUCAACAACCAAGCCAAAGGGUUGGGCUAUACCAACAAAUGGUCAAGAGAGCUUAAAAGUUUUGGUGCCACUUAAGCAUGCUUUUUAUCAAUUUGUGAAAGUGGAACUAGACCCCAUCACUGGUAAGACGAUUAAUAUCACAGGGUUUUGUCCAGAAUUAUUCAGUGCUAUAGCAAAUCGGCUACCUUUUGGUCUCCCCUAUGAACUUCAACUUUAUGAACUGCCCGAUGGAACAUAUUCGAAGAGAUACAACGAUCUAAUAACUCAAGUUUACUUUAAGAACUUUGAUGCAGCAGUGGGGGAUAUAACGAUUUUGGCGAAUCGAUCUAAAUACGUAGAUUUCACAAUGCCUUAUUCAGAAUCUGGGUUGCAAAUGGUGGUGGCAAUUGAAGAUAAUUUGGAUAAAGAGUUAUGGAUGUUUGUAAAGCCUUUAAGCCUGGGUCUUUGGUUGAUGACUAUUCUCGGUUUCAUCUACAUAGGGAUUGUGGUGUGGAUUCUUGAGCGUCCAACAAAUACUGAGCUUGGGGUCUCAAGAGGAGAACGUCUUCAAACAAGCCUCUGGUACUCUUUCUUAACACUCGUUUUUGCUCAACGGGAGAAGAUUGAAAGCAACUUAACAAGGGUUGUGAUGGUCACAUGGGUGUUCUUUGUGCUCAUCCUAACACAAAGUUACACAGCGAGUCUCUCAUCGACAUUAACAGUACAACAGUUGCGGCCAACAAUCACAGAUGUUAACGACAUAAAGAAAAAUGGAUUUCAUGUGGGACACCAAAAUGACUCAUUUGUGAAAGAUUUCUUAAUAGAUCAUUUGAAUUUGGACAAGUCCAAGCUAAAGAGUUGUAGCACUCCGGAGGAAUAUGAUAAUGCUUUAUCUGCUGGAACACAUAAUGGAGGAGUUGUAGCUGUUUUUAUGGAAGUUCCUUACAUCCAAGUCUUCCUCAGUAUGUAUUGUAAUAAAUACACCACAGUCGGACGCAUCUACUCAUCUGAAGGAUUUGGCUUUGUCUUUCCUAAAGGUUCUCCUUUAGUCUCCUACAUGUCAAUGGCAAUCUUGAAUCUAACUGAUGAUGGUACAAUAGACAAAAUGAAGCAAAGGUGGUUAGAAAAUCAAACAAAUUGUAGUGCUACUUCAUUGUCACGUACUAACCAGCUCACCAUGCAAAGCUUCGGAGGUCUCUUCAUAAUCAUAGGAGUUGUUUCAGUAUUAUCACUGUUAAUACACUUUUUCCUAUUUGAGAAUGGCCUUUGGCAUACACAUGCUACUACCAGAAUGUCUCUGAAAUCAAGUUGGCGAAAGGCUGGACAUAAGAUCAUUUUCAUCAGAAAUGCUAUCAAAGGGAUGCAAUACCCUGUAAAUGAAGGUAGAUCCAUGGAAGUUCAAGGCAGGGAUGCCGAUGAGCAUAGGGAAGAAAGCAUUGUUGAAGGAGGACGCUAAAUUCAUUAUUGACAUUACAACUGCAGCAACAAUAUGUUUACAAAUUUUGUUAAUACCAUUUUUAGAUAUUUCUUUACUCUGU